UGUAAUGGGACAUUCAUUAAAUUUGAAGAAAAAAGAUUCAUUAUUUGAACAAGUUGCACAAUAUUCACUUAUUGUUUUAGUUAUAUCAUGUUUGCACCCAAUUGCCAGUUUUGCCAUUUACAACAAAAACAAUAUAGAUAAAGUCACAGCCGGUAUGAGCCUUAUUUUUAUAGUGAUUCUAAAUUCGACAAAGAUGGCGACUUUUUUGGUGAAUAAGAGAAAGUUUUUAGAAGUAAUGGCUGAACUAAAGGAUAUGUGGAAAAAUAAUUCUGAUGUAACUGCAAGGAGACGUCUAAAAGAAGUCAAUACUUUUUCGGAUCGAAUGGUUAAUUCUUAUUUCUAUGCAAUGAUCUGGUCGACAACUUACUUUUUAGCAUCACCACUUAUGAAGUUGGCCUGGGCUAAAAUCACAAAUCAACCAUUUGUAAGGCAAUGGAUAACACCGAUGAGAUUCAUUUUCGAUGCAGAAACUCCACCAUACUAUGAAUUUGCCAUUAUUUACACAUCCUGUGUCAGCAUUCCUGUUGUGGUGCAUUUAUUAGCAAUCGAUGGAUUAUUUGUUUCAUUCACGGCAAAUCUUUGUGCACAUUUUAUGAUUUUGCAACAUAAUAUUGAAACAAAUGAAUUUACUGAAAAUAACUCAAUAAUACAUAUGCAAAUAAGUUCAUUUGUUAAAUACCACAUAAAAAUUCUUGAAGUAGCUUCAAAAAUCUAUGAAGCUUAUAAACCUAUUAUAUUUGGUCAGUUUGUUAUGACAUCGCUGCAGGUUUGUGUCAUUGUUUAUCAAAUUACUACGCAUAUGGAUAGUUAUGUGGUGCUGAUAACAAAUGUCUUAUUCCUUUUAACUGUAUUGAUUCAAUUAUUAAUAUACUGUUAUGGUGGAGAAAUUGUUAAAUUAGAAAGUCUGAAUGUGGGAACUUCAGUUCAGCUCACUAAAUGGUAUCGAUUGCAACCAAAAUAUCAAAAAAUGCUGUGCCUAAUAAUGAUGCGGUCUCAGAAAGCGUUUAUUAUGCGAGUGGGAUUCUAUGAUGCAUCGUUGGCAAGUUUCAUGCUGAUUAUAAAAGCUGCUAGUUCUUAUAUAACUCUUAUACAAUCACUUGAAUAAUGAAGCAUUCUAAGAAAAAUCGAUGUUUAAAUAUUCCUAAGUUUUAAUUUUACUUUUAAUUAAA